AUGGCUUCGGUAGCCCUCCACUCUCUCCAUCCAUCCCCAGUAGCACUUCUUGCACCAGAGACUCUCCUCCAUAUCUUCCAAAUCAUGCAUCACGACGCAAAACCAUCUGGCGACGUGUUCUCCUCCGGCUUUCCUCAUACUCCUUCGCUUGUCUGCCGCUACUGGCUCGAUGUCCUCGCUCUGCAGCCAAUAUUCUGGCGCGCUAUUGCCGUCUCCCUUAGCUCUCCCAUCCUACCCUCGCGUAUCUCCACUUACUUGAAGAUCAUCCGCCAGAAGGUGAAGAUAGACGUGCAUAUCAUUCAGGCCGACACUACUGUAAUAGAUGGACGGUCUGAACACGCUCGCAUCGACGCCGCUAUGCAGGCUCUGGCCCCCUAUUUACAAAAGUGCACGUCCUUCUCUAUACGCACUAGAUAUCGUUCCUCAGCUGUCUUGGAAACUAGUCACCUCAACAAUUUGAACGCUUCUCACCUUAUCUCGCUGUCUCUCGAUUCUUCUGUCGCCGACACAACUCAACGAGCACACUUUACUUCGUUUACAUCCCCGAACCUCGUGUCUGUCUCUAUGGAUGCCAAAAGCAUUGUCGAAUUCGCCAGAGCCAUGGAUACGAAAAUAAUGGUUGCAGACUACUUGUCAGUCUACGCGCUGCCGUAUCAUCCGGAAGACGCGUCUCCGAAUCUCAGGCCUCCCGCGGCUGCCAACGCAAUUUCCACCCUCUUUAGGAACCGAUCAAUAUCUGGGACGCUUUGUAUACGGGAUCCGAUUUUCGAUGAAGGCGACCCCGACGGAUGCUCUUUUUCCGUGGACGCGAUUGAUAUUCAACUUACCGAUUUGAGGGCGAAUUUUCUCCGCAAGCUUUUCUCGAGUAUCACUCCUAAAGAUGACACUGAUUCAAAUCGAAACGUCACUUUAUCCCGAUACUCCUUGGAUCCUUCAAUUGAGAUUCCAUGCCGAGGGGUCCUCACCUUGGAUGGAAUGACCGACAGAAUGGACGUGUUAUGCGCGUUGAGGCGGUUUAAAGGUUACGCAGUGGAGAUCAAGGACUGUCCAGGCUUCGACGAUUAUGUCUUAGGUUUCGUGGCUCAUGAAGAGUGGCUCACCAGGCCUUAUUCUGUCACAGUGAACAACUGCCCCGUAUCCACCAACGCCCUUCGUCUGUAUGUUGCAUCGAGACUCGAAAUCGCGGAACGUCUUUCGGUCCUGCAAGUUUGUGGAGGACCAGCGCUGAGCGAGGAGGAGGAAAAGUGGUUCUCAAAUUCAAUCCCUGAGUGUCUCGACUGGAAUGAUGUAGUCCUUGUCAUCUACAGCUUUGGCUGGGUUUCCUCUCUCGACAUCGACAACGUCAUCUUCGACCAAGACGAUGCCGCCGGUUUCCCUCUGUUCCGAAACAUAGGAGAUGUGCACUUAACUGCCCUUGACGGAUACUUCCUUCGCAAGUUCUUCCGUGCCUUUGACCCUCCAGACAGCUUAGCCAGCGCUACACGAACGGUCACUGCAUGUCGCUGCUCGUUCACCAGCCCGGUGUACAUCCCCAAUACGUACACUCUCGGAUUGGACGGGAUGGAGGAUGGAGCGUCUAUAUUAUGCGCGCUUAAAGACUGGGAUGGCAUCGAACUAGAAAUCACCAACUGCCCAGGGUUCACCGAUGCCGUGUUGAACCUGCUUACAUUCGACAUAACACAGUCAUGUUCCCCCAUCGUUCUCUGCAUUGAAGAUUGUCCCAUUCGCGUUGGGGCCCUUCGCUUGUUUUUAUCACACAUAAUGGGUUCUCUUCAAGAGUUCGACGUACGUGGAGCGCCACCGUUGGAUGAGGAGGACAGGAAGUGGUUCAAGAGUUGGGCCACGCAUAGCUUCAUCUGGAAUUCUGAGAGGAUUCUGGCAGAUGGUUUGAAUCUCAGCUAA